ACCAUCACAAGCAAAGCAUCCCACUCACAUGUUACUUCAAUUCCUAGAUCCAUACGCUCACUUUGAGUCAUAUGUAUCUUGUUACUUACCUCUCUCACCAUGGCUAAACUUAGGUCCAUCAUUUUGUUUAUCUUAUUACAUGUCUUUGUGUAUAGUGUAGGUGCAUCUCAUGUAUGUCGAUCCUAUUGUGGCAACAUAACUAUAGAUUACCCGUUUGCUCUCCGGUCGGGAUGUGGUCAUUCAGGUUUCAGAGACCUUUUGUUUUGCAUCAACGAUGUCCUUAUGUUUCACAUUAGCUCGGGCUCAUAUAGGGUUCUAAACAUCGACUAUGCAUAUCAGUCCAUGACUUUACAUGACCCACAUUUGUCCACAUGUGACUCCAUCGUGCUAGGAGGUAGGGGAAAUGGGUUUGUAGUGGAGCACUGGCGGGCCCCAUACCUAAAUCCAACCGCAGAUAAUGUGUUCAUGUUAUUGGGUUGUUCGACCCAAUCACCACUCUUCCAAGGGUUCCCAACUGGGAACCAUGUACCAUGUAGAAAUGUCUCGGGUAUGGGUUGUGAGGAGUAUUAUGGUUGUCAAGGUUGGAUGGAUCUUGGGCUAGCCCGUAUGGGCUUGGCUUAUGGGUCAGGGCCACCUAUUUGUUGUGCAUUACCCUUUGAUGCAAUCAAAAGUGUGAAUCUUAGUAAACUAGAGUGCCAAGGGUAUAGCAGUGCAUACACCUUGGCACCUCUACGAGUAAGCGGUCCUUCUGAGUGGACUUAUGGAAUACGAGUCAAGUAUGAUGUGGAGGUAAGUAAUGAUUCAUUUUGUAAAGCGUGUGAGGCAACUGGUGGGUCUUGUGGACAUGAUGUGGAACAUUUUGGAGAAUUAUGUAUGUGUGGGAGUUGGAAUUCUACCUCAAAUUGUGAUACAAUUAUGAAAUUAUCGGUCGGGGGAGCCUCGUUGCCAAGAGACAAGUUAUUAGGAUUACUGAUUGUCAUAUCUACCUUCUGGUUAACAUCUUUUCGAAUGUGAAAUGUCUUUUCCAUCGCAAAUCUAUAGUUUGAGGAGGAAGAAAAUGCAUACUCAACUUGAAAAGAUGCCAAAUGUGUUCUUCAAUGUUCAUUUAAAGGAGGCCUAUAUGUAGGCUAAAUAUAGAAAAAGUAAUUGUGCCUAAUUGAAUGGGAAUUUCUUAUUUAAGUAUAUUGAGUGAAGUUUUGUUUGAGAAUGUCAUUGUAUUUGUUUUGGAC